AUGGAUAGCCUUUUUUUAAACAAAAGCCCGGGAAAUAGCAUUUACAAAUGUCACAAGAAUUGUAAUGAUGUAUCGAAGAGUAAUCACAUUUAUGAUAAAUGCAAGUUGCAGAAACUGAAGGAGAUCUUUGAUUUUGAUUAUCUUAUAAGGGACUGUAAUGAACCUCAAGUUGCGAAAUGCUGCCAUGAACAUAGAGAAAAGACUCGUAUCAGUGAUAGCGGUGAGGUACGACAUUACGCCAACAUGUGGAACCAUCGAACUGGCGACAUAAAGGAGGACGACUACUUAUACGCACCGUUAGAGUGUGUUUCUAGUUCAUCGUAUCCGUUAUCAUUGCCUCCUCCCCGGUCAGACGCAGAUAUUGUGCCUGUGUCGUCGUCGAUAUCGUCAUAUCAGCCAAACACGUUGAGUAACAUUGGAACAGGUACGAUUGGUUCAUCUAGCAAUAAGGAUAUCGAUACUUACUCGUCGGAUACACAGCGGCAAUUGCUUUUGUACGAUUUAUUGUCGGGGGAUAUAUAUGAUAAUUAA